GAAGCGCUUGAAAGCGGCGGGAGCGGGAGCGCGGGGCGCGGGAGUGCGGGGGUCGGACCUAGGGCCGAGGCAGGCCGCCACCCCCCCACCCGCCGCCCUCCCGCCUCAGCGGAUCAUGCCCAGGACGGCCACGGCCGCGGCGGCGGUUGCGCUUGCAGGGGGGAAGUAGCGACUGUCAGGGCGGUGCCGGCGCGGUGCCGGCGCGGGAGACGAUGCCGUUUCCAGUUACAACGCAGGGGUCACAACCAACACAGCCACCACAGAAACACUAUGGCAUUACCUCUCCCAUCAGCUUAGCAGCCCCCAAGGAGACUGACUGCGUCCUCACCCAGAGACUCAUCGAGACACUGAAGCCCUUUGGGGUAUUCGAAGAGGAAGAGGAGCUGCAACGCAGGAUUUUGAUUUUGGAGAAGCUGAAUAUCCUGGUAAAAGAAUGGAUACGAGAAAUCAGUGAAAGCAAGAAUCUUCCUCAAUCUGUAAUUGAAAAUGUUGGAGGAAAAAUUUUUACAUUUGGAUCUUACAGAUUAGGAGUACAUACAAAAGGUGCCGAUAUUGAUGCUUUAUGUGUUGCACCAAGACAUGUUGAUCGAAGUGACUUUUUCACCUCAUUCUAUGAUAAAUUGAAAUUACAGGAAGAAGUGAAAGAUUUACGAGCUGUUGAAGAGGCGUUUGUACCAGUUAUCAAACUAUGUUUUGAUGGGAUAGAGAUUGAUAUUUUAUUUGCAAGAUUAGCACUGCAGACUAUUCCAGAAGAUUUGGACCUACGAGAUGACAGUCUGCUUAAAACUUUAGAUAUAAGAUGCACAAGAAGUCUUAAUGGUUGCAGGGUAACCGAUGAAAUUUUACAUCUAGUACCAAACAUUGACAACUUCAGGUUAACUCUGAGAGCUAUCAAACUGUGGGCCAAACGCCACAACAUCUAUUCCAAUAUAUUAGGUUUCCUCGGUGGUGUUUCCUGGGCUAUGCUAGUAGCAAGAACUUGCCAGCUUUAUCCAAAUGCAAUAGCAUAAACUCUUGUACAUAAAUUUUUCUUGGUAUUUUCUAAAUGGUAUGUGUUUAGAUUAUAUUAAAAUAAAAUUGAUUGUAGA